UGUCUCUCCUUGCAUGCAACACAAAACAUUCUUCUUCUUCCACCUUUCUUUUGGCCUCAAAAUUACUCCAUAAAGGUAGCAUUCUUUCAUUUGUAGGAGCCCUUUGAGAGGGCGCGCACCUGCAAGUGCGCGCACCAGAAAAAAGUUAAAAAAAAGAAAAAGAAAAUUAAUUAAAGCCAACUCUCUCUCUUCGAUCUCUAUGCAAUCAUGGCACAAACUACACAAAAAACCUACAAAAAUAAAAACAAAAACAAAAACAAUAAGCAUGUCCUCCUCCUUUUGAUUAUGUCUACAUUAGCAUUUGUGACAAUACCAUCAGAGGGAAAAUUAUCAGAGACUGAUGUUCUACUCAAGUUUCGUCAAUCUUUGAAGUUCGAUGGUGAUCCGUUUUCAUCAUGGAAUACAAGUACACCACCUUGCAAAGAUGAGAACAACGUACCUAAUUGGAAGAAUAUUUUUUGCGAACAUGGAAAGGUUAUGGGUUUGAAUCUUGAAAAUCUUGGCCUAAGUGGUACUAUUGAUUUGGACAUACUUAAAGACUUGACAAAUUUGAGAAGCAUAAGUGUGGGAGAUAAUAAAUUUGACGGAUCUUUGCCAACUUUAAAUAAACUCCCUUUAUUAAAGAGUGCUUAUUUCUCAAAAAACAAGUUCUCUGGGCCAAUUGAUGGCAAGAUCUUUGAAGGGAUGAAUAAUUUAAAGAAACUUGACCUAUCAGAUAAUCAAUUUACAGGACAACUCCCUCCCAUAAUCGGUGAAUUGCCAAAACUCAAGGACUUGAAUAUUAGAAACAAUAAGUUUGAGGGUCCAAUUCCUCCUUCCUAUUCAAAACUAACUUUUCCUUCUUUUUAUGGCAAUGAUGGUCUUUGUGGCCCACCUUUAUCAAAAUCAUGCAGUGAGGAGGAACAAAAAAAACAAGAAUCAUCAUCAUCACCAUCAUCAUCAUCAUCUUCAUCAUCUAGUUGGAAGAUUGCCCUUAUUGUGGUUGUGGUAAUUGUUGUGAUAGGUAUUGUUGUGUUUAUACUCAUAAACCGUCGCAAGAAAAAUCCACAACAGGAAGUAGUAUUAGGAGGAUCAUCAAGUGGUUCACCAACCACUCAAGACCAAAAACUAAUCCCUUCAUCUCAUGAUCAUCUAAACAAAAUGGAACAAGGCCAAGUUGCGGCAUUAUCAUCUCCUGAUCGUUCUAGUGAUGUCAAGAGAGCUGAAGUUGCAGGACAAAAGCUUCUCUUCUUGAAAGAUGACAUUGAGAAAUUUGACUUGCCUGAUUUGUUGAAAGCCUCUGCUGAAGUUUUGGGAAGUGGGGUAUUUGGUUCAACUUACAAAGCUGCACUUAGUACUGGUCCUAUCAUGGUUGUUAAGAGGUUUAGACAUAUGAACAAAGUUGGCAAGGAAGAUUUCCAUGAACAUAUGAGAAGGCUUGGAAGAUUGAGUCAUAAGAACUUGCUUCCUGUUCUGGCUUUCUAUUAUAGAAAGGAAGAGAAACUUCUGGUCUUUGAGUAUGUCAACAAUGUCAGCCUUGCAGUUUAUCUUCAUGGUAAUAGCAAAUCACGUGGGAACCAAAGUCUAGAUUGGCCAACUCGUUUGAAAAUUGUCAAAGGAGUAAGCAAAGGAAUUUUGUACCUCUAUAAUGAGCUACCAAGCUUGACAAAGACCUCAUGGUCACCUCAAGUCUUCAAAUGUGCUUCUAACAGAAACCUUUGAACCAGUUCUCACAGACUAUGCUUUACUACCAGUGGUAAAUGUAGAACAUGCUCAUGAACACAUGAUCUCAUACAAAGCACCAGAGUUGAAACAAUCAGGGAAAAUCAACAGGAAAACUGAUGUUUGGACACUUGGUAUGUU